UGAGACUUCGUUAUGAAAUACACUUUAAUAUUUUAUUACCUUAUAGAGUUUAAUACAGCACCUAAACCACAGCAAAUGUCACAGCAUUUAUUAGCCAUCCCGAAUGUAAAUCUAGGACCAAAUAGCCAUUAUCGACGAGAACGAUAUCGGUCCUCAUCAAGUUCAGUUGAUUUUAGUUUUCAUCCAAAACUUCUCGACAGAGAUCUAUUUGGCAGACUAGAUGACGACAGAGAUAGUCGAUACGGACCCUGCGGCGUAUCAUCUGGCUCGGUGCGAACAGUACUAGAAAAUACUGGAAUGCACCCAUCUGGCUCAACAGACACAAUUUCCAAAAACUCCAAUUCACACAACACGGACGAUCAACCCAAUGCCAAAUUGAGAUUCUAUCCUUUUUCGCGGUACAAGGUUACGGACCAAUAUCCAUAUCCAUCUUGGGGUCCGGAAGAGGAUGUUCCAGUAAAAUUUAACAACAUAGAGGCUAUAUUCAACAACAUUGCCAAAAAGUUUGGAUUUCAAAAAGAUAGUGUCAAGAAUAUGACAGAGCAUUUGAUGACUAUGUUAGACUCGCGUGCAUCUCGCUAUAAACCACAAGUGGCACUUGAUACACUUCACGCAGAUUACAUUGGUGGAGAUAAUUCCAACUAUCGUAAAUGGUACUUUGCUUCUCAGAUGGAUAUUUAUGACUUGACCGAAGAACAAAAGAAUGCAGCUAAAGACAUUGGAGAUGAGCAAGAGCAACUAGAAAGAAACGAAGAGAAGUGGUUGCUCCGUAUGCAAUCACUCACAAAUGAAGAAAAAGUGCGCGACUUGGCCUUAUAUCUCAUGCUCUGGGGAGAGGCUGCACAGGUUCGAUAUACCCCGGAAGCGCUUUGCUUUCUUUAUAAAACAGCAUCCGAUUACUACUGCCACAGUGGAAAUGAAAAGCCUGACGUCGAGGAAGGCACUUAUUUGGACACCGUCAUAAGGCCACUAUUUGAAUUUUUUAGGAACCAAGGAUACGUCAUGAAAUUCGGCAGAUACAUGAAGAGAGAGCGAGACCAUGAUAAAAUUAUUGGAUAUGACGAUGUCAACCAGUUCUUCUGGCAUUCAUCAUUCUAUGACAAAAUAUAUUUAUCAGAUGACAAAAAAAAUACAUUGGGAAAGCUCCCACCGCACGAACGCUACGAUGCUCUGAAGAAUGUCAAUUGGGCAAAAACAUUCAAAAAGACAUAUAAAGAAAAACGUACAUGGAUGCAUGCAUCUGUUAACUUUUCAAGGGUCUGGGUUAUUCAUAUUGUCACGUUCUGGUACUAUAUAACAGCUAACGCAUACUCUCUAUACCUGAACCCAGAGAAAGAAAUUGCUGAUCAGGAGGUCUCAGUUCAAAUAUCCAUUGUCGCCCUGGGUGGCAUGAUCGCAUGUCUGCUUGUGCUCAUCGGUUCGUUUUCCGAACUUUCAUAUCUUCCUUUCACUUGGACCAAGUCAAAAUGCCUCUUUCGUCGAAUUAUGUUUUUGUUCCUUCUCAUGAUUAUCAAUGCUGGGCCUAGUUAUUACUGUGUUUAUAUGGACCGAAUAUCCUGGAAGUCAAAAACAGCAGCGGUCAUUCAGCUAUUUUUGAGUAUUGCAACAACACUCUAUCUAGCCAUAGUACCUCCGGCACGACUCUUCAAAGGAAAGCUGAAGCACACAAGGGAUGACCUAGCACAUGAGGUCUUUACUGCGAACUUUGCUCCACUGAAACCGAUUGAUCGAGUUAUGUCUGUGUGUCUUUGGCUAUGUGUUUUCACUUGUAAGCUGUUGGAAUCCUAUUUCUUCUUGGCUUUAUCCUUCAAAGAUCCUCUAAAGGUAAUCAGCAAGAUGGAUAUCACAAAUUGUAAUGAUAAAAUAUUGGGAACAAUGCUUUGUGAACAAAUGCCUCGAAUUACCAUUGCUAUUAUGCUUUUAAUGGAUUUAGUGCUCUAUUUCUUGGACACUUACCUAUGGUACAUUACUUGGAAUACCAUCUUUUCUGUGGCUCGAUCAUUUUAUCUUGGUAUAUCCAUUUGGACACCAUGGAGAAGUAUCUUUGCACGGCUACCACAACGAAUGUUUAGCAAACUGUUGGCAUCGCCUGAUAUUCACAUUGUUGAAAAAUCAAGAACUGUGUGUUCGUCCAUUUGGAACUCGAUUGUGGUCUCUAUUUAUCAAGAACACUUAAUUUCAGCAGAACACGCACAGAGUAUGCUUUAUACAAGUGACCCUGUUCCUGAUCUUCCGUAUAACAUGAAAGCACCCAAUUUCUUUAUUACACAAGAAGACAUCUCAUUCAAGGCAGAGUACUUUCCUCGUGGAGGAGAAGCCGAGCGACGUUUCCAUUUUUUCGCCCAAAGUUUAACAACGCCUAUGCCUUCGGCUUAUCCUGUGCAGUCAAUGCCAACAUUUACUGUGCUUACUCCUCACUAUGGUGAAAAAAUUCUUUUGUCAUUAAGAGAAAUCAUCAAGGAAGAGGAUGACAGCACGCGUGUGACUUUGCUAGAGUAUCUGAAACAACUUCAUGCUGCAGAAUGGGAGAACUUUGUGAAGGAUACAAAGGUUAGGGUUAGCGAUGUCGAAAAAAACGCUUCAGGUCUACUUGAUCCUAGUGGAAGUCAUGCAGAAACCGCCAGCACGCUUAUAGGUUCUAAUAAUAACAGUUCAGUUAAUCUUCCUGUAGACGGUAACGUCAAAAAAGUCCCAAAGUACGACGACCUUCCUUUCUACUGUCUCGGUUUCAAAGACUCCAAGCCAGAGUAUAAGCUUCGAACACGUAUAUGGGCUUCACUACGAGCACAAACACUGUACCGUACAAUAUCUGGAUUUAUGAACUAUCGAAAGGCCAUUCGAGUGUUAUUCAAAGUUGAAAAUUUUGGAGAUACUGUAAACUAUGAAGGAGAUCAGGACGCUCUCGAAAGAGAUAUGAAUAUACUAGUGAACUCAAAGUUCAAGUUUGUUGUAGCAAUGCAGCGAUAUGCAAAGUUCACUAAAACAGAAGUAGAAGACACUGAAAUUGUACUCAAAGCCUUUCCAGAUCUUAGAAUUGCUUAUAUUGAUGAAGAUCCUCCAAGAGAAGAAGGUGGUGAACCAAUAUAUUACUCUGCACUUAUAGAUGGUCAUGCGGAGCUUUUAAGCACUGGUAAACGUAAGCCUUACUUUCGCAUUCGACUCCCUGGUAACCCCAUUUUGGGUGAUGGUAAAUCCGACAAUCAAAAUCAUGCCAUCAUCUUUUACAGAGGUGAAUUCUUACAGUUGGUGGAUGCUAAUCAAGACAAUUAUCUUGAAGAAUGCUACAAGAUUUGCAAUGUGCUUAAUGAAUUCGAAGUAUCCGACACUCUCCAGGUAUCGCCCUAUUCUUCAAAUUACCCAAAGAAUAACAAACACCCAGUGUCUAUUGUGGGUGCGCGUGAAUACAUCUUUUCCGAAAAUACAGGCGUCCUAGGUGAUGUAGCUGCUGGUAAAGAGCAAACAUUUGGCACGUUAACACAAAGAAUCAUGGCAAAGAGUGGAGGAAAGUUACAUUAUGGCCAUCCAGACUUUUUAAACGCAAUCUAUAUGAAUACAAGAGGUGGUGUUUCCAAGGCACAAAAGGGACUGCAUUUGAAUGAAGAUAUUUACGCAGGCAUGAACUCCUUCACAAGAGGCGGUCGCAUCAAGCAUACAGAAUACUUCCAGUGUGGUAAGGGCCGUGAUUUAGGCUUUGGCUCUAUCUUGAACUUUACAACCAAGAUUGGUACUGGUAUGGGGGAACAAAUGUUAUCUCGUGAAUACUAUUAUAUCGGCACACAGCUUCCUCUUGACCGUUUCCUGACCUUUUACUAUGCUCAUCCUGGGUUCCAUCUGAACAAUAUUUUCAUCAUGCUGUCUGUACAAAUGUUUAUGCUAGCUGUUUUAUUUAUUAGUGCCAUGGGUCACUCGCUUACUAUUUGUGAAUACAACCCAGAUUUGCCCGAAGAUACCCCUUUGACACCGGAAGGAUGUUAUAACAUUAUUCCCAUAUUCGACUGGGUCAAGCGUUGUAUUAUAUCUAUUAUUGCAGUAUUCCUUGUUGCUUUCUUGCCUUUGUUCCUACAAGAAUUGACAGAAAAGGGUAUCUGGAGAAGCUUGACACGUAUGGCAAAGCAUUUUGCUUGCUUGUCUCCACUCUUUGAAAUUUUCGUCACGCAGAUUUACACAAAUUCCGUGCUUGAAAAUUUAGUCUACGGUGGUGCACGUUACAUUGGCACAGGUCGUGGUUUUGCUACAUCGCGUAUUCCCUUUUCCACGCUCUAUUCUCGUUUCACUGGUCCUAGUAUUUACGUGGGAGCACGUAACUUUUUGAUCAUGUUAUUUGCCUCCUUGGCUUACUGGAUACCUCAUUUGGUAUACUUUUGGUUUACUGUGAUAGCACUGAUUGUCUCACCGUUUAUAUUUAACCCCAAUCAAUUUGCUCCUCUUGAAUUCCUUCUCGACUAUAAAGCAUUCAUUCGAUGGAUGUCACGCGGUAACUCCAAGACACAUCCAAACUCAUGGAUCAGCCAUAUACGCUCUUCUCGAGCACGUAUUACAGGUUACAAACGUAGCAAGGAAAAUGAUGCUACAAAGGGCAUUGCAGACGUACCGCGAGCCAAUAGAUACGCCAUGAUUAUAUCCGAGGUUAUCUUUCCUUUUAUUCAUGCUGUCCUUUGUACCAUACCUUAUGCAUUUGCAAAAAGCUUUGACCCCACCGACCGUACACUACCAUCAACAGGACCCAGUGGCUUGAUCCGUAUCGGCGUCUUGUCUUUUGCUCCUAUCAUCUUAAAUGUUGUUGGUAUAGUCGCUUUCUUUGGUAUGUCUAUUGCUAUUGGCAGCAUUCUCAGCAUAUGGAUUACCAAGUUUGGUUCAUUCAUGGGAGCUUUGGCUCAUGGUUGGGCUGUUUUGAGCAUGAUUAUUAUAUUUGAAGUCUUGUUUAUACUUGAACACUGGAACUUCACCAACGUAGUGCUUGCCAUUAUCGCCAUGUCCAGUAUCCAGCGAUUUUUUAUAAAGUUUCUGACUGUUGUCUUUUUGACACGAGAGUUUAAACAUGACGAAGCAAACAGAGGAUGGUGGACAGGCAAGUGGUAUGGGCGGGAGCUCGGAUGGCAUGCUAUAACUCAACCUGCUCGUGAAUUUGUCUGUAAAAUCAUCGAAAUGACUGAAUUUGCUACAGACUUCCUUCUUGCUCAUCUCAUACUCUUCUUCUUGUCCUUGUUCAUUCUGAUCCCAUACAUUAACACAGUUCAUUCAAUCAUGUUAUUCUGGUUACGUCCUUCUAAGCAGAUCCGUGCUCACAUAUACACAGCAAAGCAGCAAAAAGAACGCAAGCUUGCAGCUAUCCGCUAUGGAAUCCUGUUCUAUAGCAUAUUUCUGGGCUUUGCCACCCUCGUGUUAGCGCCAAUGACCUUGGGAGAGUCACUUUUAUCCAAAUUUAUUCCAAUUAAAAACAUCCCUAUUUAGAUUAUUUUAUUUAUAUUAUAAAGUAUUAAACAAUUAU